CGUUACAUGUCUAUAUAAAUUAUAUAAAAGUGUACCACAUUUCCUUAACACAUAUAGGACAAUAUAAUUCCAACUUAUCAAUACAUAUACCCAAGUCAUUGAAAACAUUUUCACAUUGUAUAAGAAAUAAAUUAUAACAAAAAAAUAUAUAUUAUGAUCAACCACAGUUGUUUCUUAAUUUUAUUAACCUUAACAUGGUAUUGGAAAUUAGAUGCUUUUACAGGUCGUUGUAAAUCUGAAGGACAAAAUUGUACUAAAACAAUAUUUUCACCAUGUUGUGCAAAUUCUACAUGUCAACUACAUGGAUUAUUUAAAGGAGUUUGUGUAAAAUGUUUACCUGAAAAACAUUUAUGCUUAUCCAGUAAUGAAUGUUGUACAAAAUUAUGUAGUUGGUUUCGAUGUAUAAUGACAAAUUAGUUAUAAACUAAUUCAUUCAUUUACAAUUGAUGAAUAUUCUUAUACAAGUAAAUUGACUAGUAAUAUACAAAAUAUAACUAAGUUUAAAUGUUCUUAAAA